GAAACAGACACGAGGAAGGACAGGGCGAGCGUGUAUGCGGUUCACGCAUGUAGAAUUCGCCAAAAACGCAGGAAAACGUAACCGCAAUCUCAAACUAAGGACGCUUCUGUUUGUUUGAGCUGUUUCCUGUCGGCUUUGCUCGGCAUUUUACGCUCUGGACAUGCGUGGGGCUGGAGAGUUUGUGUGAAGUUUGUAAAGCAGAGCUGAAGGUAGCCUAUUAUUGACUGUGAUAAGGGAGAUGGGUACGAUGGCUUCCCCUCUGUUCAUACUGAUAGCCUGUCUGCUCUCAAUGCGUGUCGGAGGAGCCUUUUUUGCGGGACCCCUGUAUCCAGAGAUGUCCAACGGCACGUUUCAUCAUUAUUUCGUGCCAGACGGCUACUAUGAAGAAAACGACGAUCCCGAGAAAUGUCAGAUGCUCUUCAAAAUGAUGGACAAUCGCAAAUGCACCCUGGACGAGGACCAAGACUCGGUGAUCCGGGAUGAUUUCACUAUUAUCAAGCGGCACAUCGAGGACGCCGCGCGGGUACUUGAGGGCAUUGGGAAGAGCAUCUCCUUCGACCUCGACGGAGAGGACAGCUAUGGGAAAUAUCUCAGACGGGAGACGACCCAGAUCAGCGAGGCGUUUUCCAACUCCGAGAAAUCCCUUCUGGAGCUGGAGGUGAAGUUCAAACAGAGCCAGGAAAACGAGCUGAAAGAGGAGCACAAGAUCAGCGACGACUUCCUCAAUAUGAUCGUGCACACGCGCGACGUGCUGAAGGAGACGCUGGACAUCUCACUGGGGCUGAAGGACAAGCACGAGCUGCUGUCACUCAUCAUCCGCAGUCACGGGACCCGCCUGAGCCGCCUGAAGAACGACUAUAUGAAGGUGUAGACAACUGCCUUUAGUAUGUAGCCCGAUAAUCUCAAUGGCAAAGCAGUCAUUCCUUCCAACUGGUACCUAUUCAAUUGUAUGUUACUUGUACUUGUUAUUUAGUAAAUAACUAAUUUCACCAUGCUACUAGCCUACAUAUUAAAGUUCUGAGUAAACGUUUCAAAACUAAACCUAACAAGUAGGCUACUGUACUGUUUGUAUACAUUCACUACAAAAUAAACAUAAUUAUCUAUCUCAGUUGUUAUUGCUAAUCAUCCCAGUAACUCAACAGUAAGGUUCUUCCCAAAGAAUACUAAUACUAAUACUCCCAAAUACUUUUCACUCUCUUCAAGGUUCUUUGUGGUACAAACCAAAUGUACUUAUUGCAACACUGCGAUAAACCCUUUAGAUUCUCCUUGUUACCUUUAUUUUUUUGCAAAGCAUGCCCUCGUUUAUUAAACGGAAGUAUAAUAGCUGUCCAUUAGUAAAUACUAGAACACUGGAAACUAUCGAGUUACUACUACAUAUCAGGAGUGAAUUGAUGUCCCAGUUAAAUGUAUGAAAAAUGCUUCAUUGCAAAUUGUUGCAAACAAUUUUUUAAGCUGGAUUUAAACAAACAAGUUAAGUUUUUACUAAAACUUAAUUACAAAAUUUAUUUGGUUUGUUUAAACUCAUCCUAUAUAAAUUGUUAACAACCACUUAACC